GCCGGGGCCGGAGGCGGUAGGCCGAGUUGGGACUGGUGAGCCGCGCCUCUGAGGCGCAGCAUGUGAAGCGGAGACGGCCUCGAGCGCGGGGCGAGCCUCUCAGCCGGCCGGCAUGGCCACGACGGCCGAGCUCUUCGAGAUCAAGGAAGCAGCAGACGUCAUUCAGAAACUGCAUCUGAUCGCCCAGGAGUUACCUUUCGAUAGGUUUUCAGAAGUAAAAUCCAAAAUUGCAAGUAAAUACCACGACUUAGAAUGCCAGCUGAUUCAGGAGUUUACCAGUGCACAACGAAGAGGUGAGGUCUCCCGGAUGAGGGAGGUGGCAGCUGUCCUGCUUCAUUUUAAGGGUUAUUCCCACUGUAUUGAUGUUUAUAUAAAGCAGUGCCAGGAGGGUGCUUACUUGAGAAAUGAUAUAUUCGAAGACGCAGCAAUUCUCUGUCAGCGAGUGAACAAGCAAGUUGGAGAUAUCUUUAGUAAUCCAGAAGCAGUACUGGCUAAGCUUAUUCAGAAUGUGUUUGAAGUCAAACUACAGAGUUUUGUGAAAGAUCAGUUAGAAGAAUGUAGGAAAUCGGAUGCUGAGCAGUAUCUUAAAAGUCUGUAUGAUCUGUACACAAGAACCACCAGUCUUUCCAGCAAAUUGAUGGAGUUUAACUUAGGUACUGAUAAACAGACUUUCUUGUCUAAGCUUAUCAAAUCCAUUUUCGUUUCCUAUCUGGAGAACUAUAUUGAAGUGGAGAUUGGAUAUUUGAAAAGCAGAAGUGCUAUGAUCCUACAGCGCUAUUAUGAUUCAAAAAACCACCAAAAGAGAUCCAUUGGCACAGGAGGUAUUCAAGAUUUGAAAGAAAGGAUUAGACAACGUACCAACUUACCACUGGGGCCAAGUAUUGACACACAUGGGGAGACUUUCCUAUCUCAAGAAGUGGUAGUUAAUCUUUUACAAGAAACCAAACAAGCCUUUGAAAGAUGUCAUAGGCUUUCUGAUCCUUCUGAUUUACCAAGGAAUGCCUUUAGAAUUUUUACCAUUCUUGUGGAAUUUUUAUGUAUUGAGCAUAUUGAUUAUGCUUUAGAAACGGGGCUUGCUGGAAUUCCAUCAUCAGAUUCUAGGAACGCAAAUCUCUAUUUUUUGGAUGUUGUACAACAGGCCAAUACUAUUUUUCAUCUUUUUGACAAACAGUUUAAUGAUCACCUAAUGCCACUAAUAAGCUCUUCUCCUAAGUUGUCUGAAUGCCUCCAGAAGAAGAAGGAGAUAAUUGAGCAGAUGGAGAUGAAGUUGGACACUGGCAUCGAUAGGACGUUAAAUUGUAUGAUUGGACAGAUGAAGCACAUCUUGGCUGCAGAACAAAAGAAAACAGAUUUUAAGCCAGAAGAUGAAAACAAUGUUUUGAUUCAGUAUACUAAUGCAUGUGUAAAGGUUUGUGCUUAUGUAAGAAAACAAGUUGAGAAGAUUAAGAAUUCCAUGGAUGGGAAGAAUGUGGACACGGUUCUGAUGGAGCUCGGAGUACGUUUCCACCGGCUUACUUAUGAGCAUCUUCAACAAUAUUCCUACAGUUGUAUGGGCGGCAUGCUUGCAAUUUGCGACGUUGCUGAAUAUAGAAAAUGUGCCAAAGACUUCAAGAUUCCAAUGGUAUUACAUCUUUUUGAUACUCUGCAUGCACUUUGCAAUCUCCUAGUCGUUGCUCCAGAUAAUUUAAAGCAAGUCUGCUCAGGAGAACAACUGGCCAAUCUGGACAAGAACAUACUCCACUCCUUCGUCCAGCUUCGAGCUGACUAUAGAUCCGCCCGCCUGGCUCGGCACUUCAGCUGAGCUUAGUUUACAGAGGCAAUGGGUUGCUCUUCAGAAGGCCUCGGGUGACAGAAAGCACAGGAGAGUCCUUCAGACACCGCCAAUAUUUGAAGGGAAAAAAUGACUGGAAGAAAACAGCAGCCAUACUUACCCAGGAAUUUUAUUUGAAAAUUGGACACUUCUAGCUGUGUUUUGCUUUAUAUUUUUUCCCUGUUAUAUUGAAUUCCAUACUUUAAUUUAUAAAUUUCAAAUUCUAUUAACCUACAUGACUGUUAAAAUCCUGAAAAAUGUUGGUGUCAGAAGAUGAAUGAAAUUCACCAGUGUUCUGGUUCUUGGUCUUUAACGUAUUCUAUUUGGAAAUUUUACCUUCCUGUUUUGCAUUAAAAAUAGGCAAAGUACAGUAAAACUAUAUUUCGUAUUUAUCAGUUUCUCAGUGAAAUUUUCAGCACUGGUGAUUAUUAAUUAAGCUAUUAGGUUUUCCUAAAGAACUUUUUACAUCUCAAGAGGAUCCCAGCUGAGCGCCGUUUGUCUAGGUGGUGAUGUGCUUUUCCUGAGGUGCAGCAGCAGUGAUGGCCCAAGGAGAAUCUCAUGAGCUCCACUAACUGUUGAACCAUUUUAAAUAGACAUUAGGAACAGAUCAGGAUGUAUCUGCUCUCUGGGUGAAACUUAAAAGUUUACUAUUUUUUAUUUGAUAAAUAGAUUUUAAGCCAAUUAUUUAGCAAGAAAUUAAUGAAACUACCUUAUUUUAUAUUUAACUUAAGGUGGAAGACUUUAAAGGACCAUGUUUGUCAUUUUAGUACUCUUACAGGAGUAAAAAGUCGAUGUGUGAUGUAAACGGUGUAUAAGAGAAAGCACUAUGAUAUCAGCAGUGCAGUUAGCCCCUCAAGACCAGCCUUGACUGAGGUGGGAUGGCUAAACAUGCAGGAGUCUUCUAUUUUAACAGGAGCUGGGAAUCUUAGAAGAGUAAUAGUAUAUAUUCCAAGUAUGGAGGUAACCUUCACCAAAAGCCUGCUCAGACCUGUAGAGUUUGCCCUCCUCCAUUCUCAGCUCCAGUCUCCAGGCAUUGCUGGCGUUAGUACUCCUUAGAGAUUAUAAUCGAAUUGGCAUAAUAUGGCAACAUAAUAAAUCACUCACAAAAUUUUAAAUAUCAAAUAAAACUUUAGAAAGGCCAUUGCUCAUAAACCUGUCAACUUACUCUGUGAGAAUACAAACUAGAUUAUCUGUCGUCCAUUAUUCUAAGUUAUGUGUAGUUCAUAGCCUUCUAGGAACCAGGUAAACCGUAAUCUUCAGUUCAUUCAGAGCAUCUUUUUUCUUUUAAGGUAGGAUUUUGGUCUAAUUUGGAAGAACUGUUUUUUCUCUGAGAACCUGACUCUGAACAGUUACCAUCAUUAUCAAACUGCCUAGGUCCAGAGCUAACCACUCCACAGCUUACUGUUGACUGAGUUUCCACGUUCUGUUUAGCCCAGUGUUACAAUGGUAAGUGGGGGCAAUAAGCAUGCCAACUUUUGUCACCUUCACAGCACUUGGUGGCAGUUUUAGAGGCCUUCCAGAUGGCUGUCCUGAGACAAGAGAGCCAGAACAGAGCCUCAUACAGAGAAGCUCUUGUUUGUACUGUUGCCACCUAGAAAGGACUGAUGCGGACUCAAAUUAUACCUCUGUUACCUAAAGCCAACAGGUUAAGGCAGUAGUUUUACUGGCCAUUUGAAUUCUUUGUACAGUGUCAAUUUGUAAAAAAAGAAAAAGAAAAAUAUCAAAUAAAACAUGAAAUAACAUUUUAAGACUUCCAAAUCAGAGAUUAUUAUUAUUCCAGUUAUUUUGUUUGGAUUAAUUUUUAAAUGUAAAGCAGAUCCUUGUUGCUUAGAUAUUUUGUUAAUUAUUAUUUCCAUGCUUGAGUUCUGUGCAAUAUUUUCCAUUAUGUCCACUGACAGGACAAAGAAAAUUCAAAGUGAAUACCUUAUUUAGAAGUGUUAACUUUCAUGCUCAAUAAACAAAUUCCCUGCA